AUGCAGAAGAGGGCUCCAAUUGCGUGUCUCUUUGUAACUGGUGGUAAAGCACCUUCUACUGUGCUUGUGAAGAGCUUGGUUAUUGGUUCAUCAGAAAUAUCUCACAGUUUAUUUUUGCGCUUGACCUUUAUUGACUUUCGAUGUGGUAGUUGCGCUGUUGAUAUGCGUUGCGUGCUGGCAAUUAGAGUUUCGCUGUGCACUGGCUGCCGUUAUUUACAGUCUACUUGCGCCUGGCAGUUUUGGCACAACGUGUGGAGUUAUGAGUCGUUAGCAGUAGAAGUUGCGCGAAUAAUUGAUUCUUAUUUUGUCGAGCUCAAACGUUGUUGUUAUAAUGAAAUUACUUUCCAGUUGUCAGAUCAAUUCGUCCGACUUGAGUAA